UACUUAGUUCCCCCUAGCCAUCCAACUAAACAUUAGAUCUUAGUUUCACAAUACUCACACUAUUGAUAACCCUUAUAAGAUCCAUAUUUUUAGAUAAUAUUAAUUCCAUGCUCUAUUAGUAUAACUUGAAUUAUUAUUUCUCAAAAGUUCAUGAUUAGACAUUUGCUCCAAAAUGUGUGGCAAUGUUAAAAAAAUUUAAAGCAGGUGUACCAUAAUUAAUAUAGUUUCAAAUUAUUAAUGCUAGAUUUUAGUAUAUUGUUGAUGACACGUGCAUUACACAUUAAGGGUUGCCACGUACAUUAAUUGCACAAACACUCACAAGUCAAAACUACUCCUAUAUGUGCAGGGUUACGGCAUGAUCACUCUAGCAUCCACGCUCCUUGCUCAGCAACCGUCACUAACCCUGGACAAUGACUCCUCUUCGCAUCCUUUGUCGUUGCAAGUGGCCUUCUUCUACGCCUCCCUCUAUCUCAUCGCCUUCGCACAGGGUGCUGACAAGCCUUGUGGCCUUUCCUUUACCGCCGAUCAAUUUGACCCUGACCACCCUAGCGAAUGCGCAGCCCGCAGCUCCUUUUUCAAUUGGUGGCACUUUUCCAUAGCCGUUGGUAUAGGUAUCGCCGUUAAUGUCGUAAGCUAUAUCCAAGAGAAUUUUGGUUGGGGAAUUGGUUUUGGCAUGCUAUGCACCGUAAUGAUUUGCGCCUUCGUCGUGUUCCUCCUUGGCAUUCCUACCUACCGCCUCCACAUGUCCAUCACUGGCUGCGGUAGCCCCUUUGCCCGUCUCGGCCGUAGUUUCAUUACUCUUGCCAAGAACUCAAGCUUCUUCUUCCGCACUAAAAGACACCAAAAUGAAGAUGAAGAUGUCACAAGCAACUUGGAGGAGGCACGUGGCAUGCUAAGGCUAUUGCCAAUCUGGGUUGCAUGCCUAGCAUUUGGCGUGGUGUUCGCGCAAAUAACUACACUCUUUAACAAGCAGGGCUGUACCCUUGAUCGUCGUAUCUUUGGCGGCCUAGAGGUACCAUCAGCCACGUUGCAAACGUUCUGGCCAGCAGCCGUCCUAUUGUUCGUGCCUCUCUACGACCGUGUUCUAGUGCCGGCAUUGCGUUGCGUGACAGGCAUCCCAUCAGGACUGACGCUGCUGCAGCGAAUAGGCACGGGCAUGGCUGUGUCGCUAGCCGCCAUGUGUGUGGCGGCGUUGGUGGAGGCUCGGAGGCUAGAGAUGGCGCGGCAACACGAACUGGUUGACGAUGGUGGUGCGACAGUGCCGAUGAGCUGGGCAUGGCUAGUGCCACAGUACAUGAUGGUCGGGGUGGCGGAUGUGUUCGUGAUAGUUGGGAUGCAGGAGUUCUUCUAUGACCAGAUGCCUAAAGAGCUUCGUAGCCUUGGGAUAGCGCUCUACUGCAGUGUGAUUGGCGUUGGCGGCUUCAUAAGUGGCGCUCUCAUUUCACUCAUUGACCGCAUCACCCGUAGCGAUGGCGGCGACAGCUGGUUUUCUGAUAAUCUCAAUCGCGCCCACCUCGACUACUUCUACUGGGUGCUCGCCGGCCUCAGCGCCACCGAGCUUGUGCUCUACAUCUAUUUCGCUAGAUCCUACGUCUACAAGGACAAAAGAGACCGUGCAGAGUGACAACCUAGAAUUAGCAGUGGUUGUAUUUAUGCAUCGAUCGAUGUAGUGGAUGAUCAGCAAACAUAUUUUUUUUACUCCACUGGA